GUCGGUGCGCGGUUGAGUACGUCACGUGACUCGGUUACUCGGAGAUGGCUGCCAUGAAGGAGAGCGCAGAGUUAGCAGGUGGGCAGGAUUGUAUUUUGGAGCCGUUGUGCUUUCCUGAGCAGCUGAGUGGUAGCGUUAGCCUAGCCUCCUGUGUUGAUGGCUGUCUGGUGAGCUGUGUGCUUUGCUCGCACUCGGCUCCUCUCUCUGAUAAGGACCAGCUCCUCAAGCAUCUGGUGCUGGACCACAAACUGGUCAUCGCUGACAUCAAACUCAUCGCUGAUUUCCCAAAGUACAUGCUAUAUUGGAAGAAAAGGUUUACAGAGCAACCCAUCACAGACUUCUGCAGUGUCAUCAAGACCAACUCUGAGGGACCUGCUGAGCUGCAGGAGAACUACUUCCUCCUGUGUGACGUUCUGCCUGAGGACCGCAUCCUUCGAGAGCAGCUACAGCAGAAACGACUGGAGGAGGUUCUUGAACAGCAGCAGAAGGAAAGAGAUGACACUAGUUUUCAACGUAGCUGCAUGUUCUGUAAUGAGGAAUUUACCGGAAACAGGUCAGUGCUGCUCAAUCAUAUGGCCAGAGAGCACUCUUUCAGCAUCGGCCUGCCUGACAACAUUGUCUACUGCACUGAGUUCCUCGAUGCGCUGGAGAGGAAGCUGGACAACAUGCAGUGUCUCUACUGUGAGAAAACAUUUCGAGACAAGACAACCUUGAAAGAUCACAUGCGGAAAAAGCAACACAGAAGGAUAAACGCCAACAACCACGACUAUGAUCGCUUCUAUGUCAUCAAUUACUUGGAGCUGGGAAAGACCUGGGAGGAAGUGCUGUCUGAGGAUGACCGAGAGCUGCUGGAGGACAAUGAUGAUGAUUGGUCAGACUGGCAGGCUCACCCGGUGUGUGCUGUGUGUCUGUUUUGCGAGCAGCAAGAGGAAACUAUGGAGAAGAUCUGCACACACAUGCAGGAUGCUCACGAAUUUGACCUCCACAAAUUAAAAACAGAGCUCAAUCUAAAAUUUUACCAGCAAGUCAAACUAGUGAACUACGUCCGCCGUGAGCUCCACCAGUGCCGUUGCUACGGAUGCCAGAAAAAGUUGGAAACCAAAGAGGAAGUGGUUCAGCACAUGAUGGAGGAGGGUCAUAUGAUGCAGAUUCCAGAUAUAUCACACUGGGACCAACCACAGUACUAUUUCCCUACAUAUGAGAAUGAUGCCCUCCUAACAGCCCUGUCGGACAGUGAGGGCGAGUCUGAAGGAGCUGACCACAGCUCUGAUGUCCCUGUGUUUCCUGAGGACAUCUCUAACCUGAAAGCCAUAAAGCAGAACAGUGUGCUGAGCAAGCUCCUCAAGGACCGAGGCAGCUCCAGCUGAAGCCACCGAGCCACGUUCACACAGACUUUUCAGAGUGCAGGUCGCUCAUUUGCAAUGGAAAGUGCUCUCUCUGAUGCUUAUUGGAGCCUGUUGCACAACUGCACUAUGAUUCAUUUAUACAGAGCCUCUAUUGAUGUUGCUGUAAACUGAAAAUAAGGGAGUGUUAUUCAUGCUCAUGUUAGCUGGUAUCUUGCUUGCUAAGUGCCACUUUUGGCAAGCAAGUGCAAAAAGCUACAUUAACGAAACAUCAGAAUUGAUGACAAAAACUGUUGCACAAGAACUGUUGUGCUCUCUGAAGAUCACCUACGUCCAUGUCCAUGUUCCAAAAGGAGUUGCUAACUUUUCAUGUGAUUCAAAUUGAAAAACCUCAAAAUAAUAGAAAAGGGCUUUCUACUUUAUUUUUUCUUUUCUAUAUUGAUUUUUAUUACAGUGACAUUCAAUACAAAAAUAUUAUGUUCAUUUUUCCUCCAAUUUUCACCUCCUCCUGAGAUGCGCAUGGCACCGUGAAUGACCUACCUGUUCGGCUCUCAAAGCUCUCUCAGUAUAUUUAUGUUAAAAAUGCAAUCGUGGAAUUGAAUUGGGAGUGUAAUUAAACCUUAUGUCACAGAUAUUUGAAUUAGGUUAUAAAAUCUGUCUUACUAUAAACAUUGUUAUUUUGGAUGCACAACUUUUGAGAGAAAUGGGUAAAUAUUACUGAAAUACACAGCCACCCCCCUGAUAUAUGAUUUUCCUUAUUUCAAAUUAAAGUGAAUUCUACCGAUAUUUUCUGCAUAAUUAAAUGGUACAAAUAUAAGCAAAGUCAUUCA